AUGAGAUGGGGUCAUAAAGCUAAUCCGGAUAGGUGGUUCAUAAACUUACAACCACAAUUCCAAGAAGUUGUAGACGCAAUGGAAGUGAAUGGUGAACCAGAUGUAGCUGGUAUUUUCAGCGCGGCUUUAAUGCCAUUGAAAGAUAUGAAAGAUGCAGAUAUUUUGGACCAGUAUGAAAUGAACAUGGCUGAUGGAAAUAUAACACCUGACGUUCUAGAACAUUUAUCUCAAAGAACUACACAGAACCAUAGAGAUGGUAUAUUUGGUGAAGAGUUUAGAAAGAAAGUUAGGGAGAGAGAAGGAAGAGAACCUAUUGUACAUGACCUUGCAAACGAAAGUUUACAAAAUGUCAUAAAAACUUACUUUGCAGACAAUGAACCGAGAAGGGAUGAAUAUUUAAGAAAACUCAAAUGGACAGUACCAAAUGAAAUGUUAGUAUUGAAAAACAUGUUCCUUGACAAAAUAAAACCAACUACAGAAAUAAAUGACGCAAGACUGAAACAUUGGGUAAAAGCUUUCCCAUUCACAAAAGAUAUUAUUGGUAACAUGGAAAGAAAACCAGAAUGGCUACAAAAACAUAUAUUUGGAAACGAGCUUAUUCCAUAUGGACAAGCUAUAUUUGAAGAGCUUGAACCGGAAACUCAGGAAAGAGUCAUGCAAACAAUACGCGAAGACUCAAAUACAAACUAUGACAAAAUCUUUCUAGGAUAUAGGUUACCUGAGAUGGGCGACCAGAGCCCAAAGGCAAAAAGGACAUGGAAAAUUUACAACAUACUAGGUGAACAUGAGGCAAAGAUGCAACAACUUGAAGCAGAGGGCAAGUUACCAAAAGCGACACCAAAGAAGAAGAGUAGAACAAAGUAA